AUGCCACAUGCCACUUGGUUACUCUGGUUUUACUGUGUGACCUCGAGGGCAUGGUCACUGUUGUUUUCGCCUUCCAGCAGCUUGUUUUCACUGAUUGGUGCCUGCUUUUCGUCUGCCAUCGUGGGCACUUUUGUGAAGCUACCUGCCACUAUCAUUAUUGACGACACCUUCGAGAGAAUGUAUUCUUCAUCUGUUCGCCUUUUUAUGUACUUUAGUUGUCAUGGGUCUGGGGACACAUAUGCAACCUUGGCAAUAUAUGCUUCGACAAUACUCAGGAGAACAAUAAUUCUGGGUGUUGAUUUUUUCUACUCGGGUGUCGUAGUCUCAAUAAGCAUCAUCUUUUUCCGAUGGUUCUUCCUUGGCUUCUCUGUAAUGUUUUGGGCAUUCAUGUUCAUUUCACUACAAACUUCGGCAGGUUAUCACCUAUCUUGGUAG